AUGGAUCUUAACAAGCUGCCGCCAUAUUUGGAUGAAGAUUUCUUGGAUGCAUUUGGUUUGGAUUAUGUGACCGGCAACCCUACCUUCUGCACUCAAGUGCCUGCAAUUCCUGAAAUUCCUCAGCCUAAUGAUGAGCAUGUGAACCAGCAGAUUUUGCCUAGUUUUUCUGAAGUUGGUCAUGUUGGUUUAGCAGAGGCGGCUCCUGCAGUUUCAGAAGAGUUUGUGAGACAGUACCAGAAAAUACAAGAGAAGUGUCUAUUAGCACAUGAUGGGCAAGACUUCAUGAUUGAUGAGAAUGAGCGAAGACGAUGGUCAAGGCAUCCACUUGAGAAGCAUGCUUCCACUAUAUGCACAAAGAAUAUGUUCUACAAGUUCUCCAAAGAGUUUGAGAAAACUACAGAAUAUGAUGUGAACCCUAUAGGGAAGUUCCAAUAUUGGCUGGAGCCCAAUAACAGCUUUGUUUAUGGGGAUGGAAUCAUUUGCUGCCAAAUUAUGAGGAUUAUGGUCAAGACGGGGGUGAAAUUGAUACCAGAAAGUUACAUCCUUAAAAGGUGGACGCAGCAAGCAAUUACUAGUGAUACAGAUCAGGUCCAAAAUGUGCAGGCACUGGUGGAACUUGUAGCCCAUGGGAUGCCAUUGACCGGCCAGAAAACUCCGAGAUUCACCAACGCAUCCACCGCAUUUGCAGCACUAGUAGUUGAGGACUGUACAAGUGAUGAAAACUAUGCUGUUUUGGAGAAGCACAUCAAGCAGAUGCGAUCUGAAUUUGAAGAAAUCAAGAAAAGGAAGAUGACGAAUAGGCAGAACACUGGUGCUACAGAAGGUGGUGCUACAGAAGGUGCACAAGACCCUGGUGUAGUGGCUGGUCCAAGCUCAUCAAAUGUAGGGAACCCCCCAAAGUCAAAAGCCAAAGGGCGCAGGAAGGAGAAGGCGCACAAAAAGGGGAUGAAUGGUCAAGUGAAGAGGAAGAAUAGGUGCAGCAUUUGUAGAUCAUAUGAUCACAAUGCAAAGAGAUGUCCAGACUAG